UGCCUGCAAUGGUGGCCGCCUGCGCACCGAGUUGAGGGUUUCGGUUGGGACUUCAGGCAGCGGCCGGCGGUGGGUAAGCCCGUGGGCGAGGCGGCGGCACGCGGAAGGGUGCAGGGAGCCUCCUGGCACCGAGCCUGGCCUUGAAGUGCGGGCUCCCACGGGCCUGAAGCCUAAGUCCCCACUCAGCCUCAGUUUCCCCUUCUAAGCUAGGGUGUUGGGAGACGGAGUCCAUGCCUUCCUCUGGGUUUCCGUUCGGGGUCCACGCAGCCCCCUCGGUUUUGGAUUAGGAAGGGAGGGUGAUGCCCGAGCUGUGACUGCAGUUUCAGAGGGCAGUGCUUAGCUCGCCAGCUGGAGUUAAGGGAGGCGGCAAGACAGAGAGAACGAAGAGCCCCGAGGGCCGAGGACCCUGGAGCCCCCUGACUACGGCUCCGCGCCGCGGCCAGGGCCAAGUCUUUGCCCCACAGACCCGGGCCUCGGUUCCACAAUCGCGCCUACUUCCUGAUUGUUGAUGACCUUGUGACACCUGGCAGAGAGAAAGCCUCGGAGGCGGGGAGGCAUUUCAACCUCCAGAUCCCAGCAAACUGCUUUCAGUGGGCACUGCUGACAGGGUUCAGAUGACAGCGUCUGCGUCUGGCCCCCACAGCCUUAGAGGAGCCAAGGACACUUGUCAGCUGCCCAAAGGAAGAAGCAGAGGUCCCAUCUGCAGUCGGGGUGUCCUUUCCCUCCUCCCAGUGAGAAGAGGGGACUGAAGCCCAUCCAGCCCCAGCAUUCGCAGACAGAGACUGUGCUGCCGUCCCAUGGUUAAUGGGGAGCCCAGGCCAUGGACGAGAUCACCUUCAAAAGCGACACCGUGCUGUCAGACGUCCACCUCCACACCCCAAACCAGAGACACCUCAUGGUGCGGCUGAGUGGUGUGGGGCAGCCCGUCUUCCUGUCCCAGUUCAAGCUUCUGUGGAACCAAGCCUCUCAGACAGACUCGGGGGCUGAGGGUGGCAGUCACAGAGCCCAUCACGCAGAGGUGACUCCUCCCGCCAGAAGCGGCUGCAGCAGUGAGGGAGUCUCCCUCCAGGCUGGGGUUGAUGCCACCAGCCAGGAGGGCGUGGCAGCUCAGCUGGACGAGGAUGGGGAUUUGGACGUUGUGAGAAGACCACGGGCUGCCUCUCCCUCCAAGCCCUCGGGGCCUCCGAGAGACAAGGUACAUCCCGUGAUUCUAACGCAGGAGGAAGAUGACGUCCUGGGAGACGAAGCACGAGAGAGUGGCCCCUACGAUGUCAUCAAAAUAGAGCACACCAUGGCCACCCCCCUGGAGGAUGUUGGCAAGCAGGUGUGGCGGGGCUCCCUGCUCCUGGCGGACUACAUCCUGUCCCAGCGGGACCUCUUCCAGGGUCGCACGGUGCUGGAGCUCGGGGCGGGCACCGGGCUGGCCAGCAUCCUCGCGGCCACCGUGGCGCAGACCGUCUACUGUACAGAUGUCGGUGCAGAUCUCUUGGCCAUGUGCCAGCGAAACAUUGCCCUUAACAGCCACCUGACUGCCACUGGAGGCGGUGUGAUUAAGGUCAAGGAACUGGACUGGCUGAAAGACGAUCUCUGCACAGAUCCCGAGGUCCCCUUCAGCUGGUCGGAGGAGGACAUCUCUGACCUGUACGGCCACACCACCAUCCUGCUCGCGGCCGAAGUGUUUUACGACGAUGACCUAACUGAUGCUCUGUUUAAAACACUGUCCCGACUGGCUCACAAGUUGAAGAACGCCUCCACCGCCAUCCUGUCUGUGGAGAAGAGGUCAUCACAGAGCACUGUGCUGAGCUCCCUGUGCUAUACAGCAGCUUCCCACUAGCUACCUAUUUUACACAUGCGAACACACUGAUUGACCCAGCAGUUCAGCAUCUGGAACCGGCCCUGAGGAAGCGAUCCCAGCCGUGCACAGAGCCGUCCAGAUGGACACAUCUGUUGCAGCGUUGUUUACACCGAUGACGUCCAGGACCCCCUUCAGGGUCCACGUGACCAGUGGCAACGUGUGGACCCCAUCACUCGGGUGUGAUCUUGGGCACGUGCCUCCCCCUCUCUGAGCCCCAUUCCCCGCCUGAGCGGAGGCCGUAGCCGGCCCCACCUCCCAGGCUCUCCUGCAGAUGCCGGAAGGCCGCGCACUGGCGUCCAGCACGCAGGAGGCGCUCAGUUAAAAUCCAGCGCCGUGACGGGAGGGAGAUGCAGAGCCUCUGGUGGUGACAGGCAGUGUGUGUGUCG